UAUGUAUAUAUGUAUAUAUAUAUUUAUUUAUUUAUAAAUUAAUUGAAGGUAAAAAUUUUCUAUGAAUUGGUUCGUUAUGAAUGGAUGACAUUAAAAGCUACAGAUGAACUCGAUAUAUUAAGAAAAUACGCUAUUAUUUUGAAACGAUUCAAUGUGGUAACAAUGGUAAUGUUUAUAUUUUUUCUGAAUCUUUUCGGCUUGUAUCAAUUUCUUCCGGACUUUCUUGACAUUAUUGCACCACUUAAUGAAUCUCGUGACCGCCAUUUCACAUUUGUAGCUGAAUAUUUUGUUGAUCAGAAAAAAUACUUUUAUCCUAUUUUAACACAUAAUCUAUUGGCCGUUUAUAUCGGAUGUAUUGCUGUACUUUCUACUGGUACUAUGCUUAUGGGAUUUAUAUUACAUAUCUGCGCUAUGUUGAAGAUAGCAAGUUAUCGCCUUGAACAUGUAAAUGAUAAUACAUUAUUAGUAUCUAAAUCUGAAAAAGAUCACAUUAUUCGUAAAAGAAUAAUUAACGCCGUUGAUAUACAUCGCAGAGCGCUCGAAUUUGCCGAAUUUAUACUAUCUAGUUUUGCAACUCUUUACUUUAUAAUGAUUGGUGUAGGUAUUUCAUCCUUAACUGUUAACAUGUUUCAAUUCAUGCAACUUAUGAUGUUUACGAACGAUACGAAUGGAAUGCUAGCAUGUGGCUUGUUGGUUAUUGGUCAUUUUAUUUAUAUGUUUAUUGGUAACUUUAUCGGACAAAUAGUCACAGACCAUAAUAAUAAUAUUUUUAAUACAACGUAUGUAAAUAAUUAUAAUUAUGAUAAUACAUCGAGAGACUAUAAUCUAAGAAUACUAUAAAUUUUAAAAUAUUUUAUUUAUAUCUUCCAAAAACUUUAUAUUUUUCAUUGUAAUUUUGCUAGCAAGACGUAGUAUUUUUUACUGGCAGUUUCAACUGGUAGUUAUAAGGUCUAUUAUAAUUAUGUAUAUAUAUAUACAAUAUAAUUUUAUUUUAUAUAUAUAUA